AUUAGGAAAACGUGCUUUUCAAAAUAGCAGCUGCAGGGUGAACUUCUAGAAAAUAAACCUUUUGCGGUUUCUCUUCCGUUUCUUGGAGCCCAACGAGUCUCCGUACAUUUUUCAAUCUAUUUUUUCCUACAUCCUUUAAUAAUAACCAUAAGUGAUGAAUGGCGGGUGUGGAACAGGAGACAGGACAACUCUGUCAAUUUGAAAAGAGUUUGGUCUUUUUACCUUAUUUUGCAGAGUGUCAUGUUAAAUAAGUGCUAGCCUGGAGAAGGUUUUUAUUGUUUUGAACCACAGGCUUUAUAUUACCUUAAAAAAAAAAAAAAAAAAAAACCUCUCAGCCGCAAGUUGGAUGCUUCUGGCAGCAGUACAAAUCUAGCACCACCCAGGGAGGGAGCGUAUUUGCUUCUUCGCUCACUUCUGGCAGGGCAGAGGAAUGCUGGACAUCAAGAGACAACAAGGGAGGCUGCCCGGAGCACUGCCACACUGCUCCCCCGUCCCGCGCCCUGGGCCUCCUCCCUUGGGAACACACAGAUGUCAGAAACUCAGCAGGAAAAGAUAAAAGUCAGAACAGCUGAGCAUUUUGAAAAUGAUAAAAAUAACACUUCUUGGUUGAAGGAAGAUACGCAACUCACAAACGAAAAGCAGGCAGAUGAGAAAGCCAUUAAUGCUAUCGUUAUAAAUUCAGUAACCGAAUUCAAUAUCACAGAUGGACCAGUCAAGGAAACCCCCAGUGAGAAAAAACUGUCAGAAUCCAGCACAUCACUGUCCUCCCUUGAAGAAUGCCAAACGAAAUUUUCCUACCUCCAAACUGAUGCUUCAGUUCAUCCAAGAGACACUGAUGAGGAGUGUGCCUCCCUCAUCCUCACCUGUCUCUUUUGCCAGUUUUUGGAUUGUCUCCUGAUGCUCCCAGAUACGUGUGAAACAGUGUGUACCAACUUGUGCUGCCCCUCUCACAGGUACCACCACACCUCGGAUGAAAGCCACUCCCGGAAUGACUGUAACUGCAACUGUGACAUGGACUGCAGCCUUUUUGAAUCUUGCCAUGAGACCAGCGAGUGUCUGGAGCUGGCCAUGGAGAUUUCAGAAAUCUGUUACCGCUAGCGCCACAAAGUAACCACAUUCCAGCAGCCCCUUUGGCCCCGAGGGGGAAGUUCCAUUAGAAUAAGACUGUGAAUUUCAUGUGCUGAAAUGUAAGGAUUGUACACACUUCUUGGAUGCUAUAGACCAUUUUAUUCUGCACCUGUCUGGGAAAGCUAGUAUUACCAACUCAAUGGUCUUAUUCCAAAUUUCCCUACUGCAUGGCUCGCUGAAAAGUAAGAUCUUGAUCACAUGUGAUGAACAAAUCUUAAAUACCUCUUAAAUGCCAUAGGUACAAGAUGUUUCUGGACUAUAAAAUAGCAUGUGAAACCAUUCUGUGUAACUGCAUUCACUGGCUUGCAUCGUGGAUUCAAGUUCAUUCACAAAUUCAGGACAAAUUAGUGCAUUCUGUUAGAACUGACAUACAUUAGCUCGUCUUUCUAAUGGAUUCAUGCAUAAACAUUAUGCAUUGUUGGUUAUUAUUAAUAAUGUAUUGUGUAACAUCAUUUUGUAAUUAAAAAUUUAUUUAUACAGUCUCUUAAAAUUCACUUAUAUGUACAGUUUCAGUAGGAAAGGGAAUUAAAUGAAUUAGAAACCAUGUUCCUGUAAUUACAACAGAUGUCUCUAAGACAUCUCCAGUGAAUUCUGAAUAUGCUGUACUUUGAGAGAGUACUGUAAUUCUAGACCAUAUUAUUAUAUGUCUAUGACUAUGUCAUAACAGGUGAUGCAUAUUCUUAAUUUGUUUCAGAAAGGCUUUUCUUUAUUCUAAUAAGCAUAAACGGGAAUUAUGUGCAGGUUUCAAGAAAAUGACCCCAGAUAAUCAAUUCCUCAUUUUCCUCAUUUCUGUUUGUCAGGUACAAUAAGCAGCAGGAUAUUAAAAUAGAAUCAUUUCAUUUUACUAAACUAUCAUUUGUGUAAGCACCCGAAAGAAAUAACAUGAGCAGAUACUUAUUCAACACUAACUUUCCUAAUACAGCAUGUGCUUCAGAUACCCUAUUUUUUUCCUUUUUCUGACAAUUCAAGUAAUUCAUAAUUAUGUUGAGCACUUCCUCAUACUUAAUAAAAAAAAUUUUAAGAUAUGAUAUAAACUUGAAAAGUGACUUUCAACUCAAACAAAUGAGAAAAACAAUUUGUGAAGAAAACACAUCUUAGUUGAAGUUACCUAGUUACCUUGGAAUCUUUACUUUCGCAGGCAUGGCACUGUUUACUAAUGUGUGCUUAAAUUUUCCCAUGGAGAUACCUCACUAUAUUCAUUGAAUAUAAAAAAGCAGAAUAUAUCAAUAAUCAAACAAAGAACACAGAAGUGAAAUGGAAAGUCAACGGAACUUUUUAAAGAUCUAGGCAAACAACAACAACGAAUUCUAAAAUACCUGUGUUUGCCUGACUUAGAUAAUUUUGGGCAAAAGCAACAUUAGCUUUGUUUCUGUAGUAAACUAGCACAUUUUUCUACUCUGCAAUAACUUCCUCAAAACACUGAAAACUAUUCAUCUUCUGAAAAUACUUUUAAGCUGCCCAUAAAAAGGCAGUGAACUGCUCCUGUCUUGUUCCUGAGAGUACAGUGCAUCCAUGGUGAAUGUGGGCUUCAUUCUUGUUUGACUAUCACGUUAUCCACAAAGCACAGAGCACAUCAGCGCCGCAUCCUCCCAAUCCCCACCACCACUGCCAAACUCCUUAUGAAAUACUGCAGUCUCUCUGCUUUUCAGAAGCUCAGGGACAACGCUACACUCAAUGCACAGAAGUUGCAGAUCUUUGAGGGGG